GAUUUCUCUCAAUUAAUUUAUUUUUUAAAAAUUAAAAUGGCAUAUAUUCGCCUUUUGUUUAUUCCUUUUUUAUUUUUAUCAAUUUAUUCAUUUCCUGCAUUGUCUGACAAAGAAGAAGUUCCAUUAAACACAGUUAAACGUACAAGAACUUCUUUUGAUGCAAAACACAUGGGAGAAGGGAAACAUGAUGUUGAAAUGGACCACAAAGCUGUUUUAGGGCCAGAUACUGAUGAGUAUAACGAUUUGCCGCCUGAAGAGUCGAAAAAACGUCUUCGCGUUCUUGCUCUCAAAAUGGACGUAGACAAGGAUGGCUUUAUCUCUCCGGAAGAACUUAAUGAAUGGGUACACAAUUCUCUAGUUAAUGUGGACUUGGAAGAGACAAAGGAACGGGACGAUUUUAUUACUUGGCCUGAAUAUACCCAAGAAGCUUUUGGAAUCAGUGCAGAAGAUGAGGCCAAAAAGGUUCUUUCAGAUUCUGAUGAUUUGAAGUUGCUUGAAGAGGAUCGUCGUUAUUUUGCGGCGGCAGAUUUAAAUGGAGACUUGAAAUUGAAUUUUGAAGAAUUUACGGCUUUUCAAAAUCCAGAGCAUGCCGAGCAUAUGCAUGAUAUUCUUAUUCAGAAUACUUUAAAUGAGAAAGAUGCAAAUAAAAAUGGAAAAAUUGAUUUGGCAGAAUUUUUGGGAGAUUUGACAAAUGAACAACCAAAAUCUGAAUGGUUUUUGAGUGAACAAUCACGCUUUCAAGAUGAAUAUGACAAAAAUAAGGAUGGAGUUUUAGAUGGAGAAGAAAUGCGUGCUUGGCUUGUUCCAGAUUUGAAACAAACGGCUAAACAAGAAGCAGAUCAUUUAAUUGAGUCGGCGGAUGAAAAUAAGGACGGAAAAUUAAGUAUUGACGAGGUAGUUAAUGCCUAUAAAAUAUUUGUUGGUUCUGAAGUUACUAAUUAUGGUGAACAUUUGCUUAGCGUUUCUCAUGAAGAAUUGUGA